AUGUCCGAACAGCCAAAAGAAGAAAAACCAGACAGCACCCACAUCAACUUAAAAGUCAGCGAUGGAACUGCUGAGAUCUUUUUCAAGAUCAAGAAGACUACUCCUAUGAAGAGAUUGAUGGAGGCGUUCUGUAAGAGACAGGGUAAGUCCAUGGAGUCGUUGAGAUUCUUGAUUGAUGGUACCCGUGUGUCACCAGACAACACGCCCGAGGACUUGGACUUGGAAGAUGGAGAUGUCAUCGAGGCUCACAGAGAGCAGGUCGGAGGUGCAUUGUGA